AAUCGCCAGUGCACUGUGUCCCUCGGACACAGCGGAUCACCGAUUCACGGAAAGAGCCGAAGAUCUGUGUCCAAUCACAGGUGCCUUGAUGAUCAGUGUAGCCCCAGCAGUACCACCUGUCAGUGUCCAUCAGUGCCAGCACUCAGUGCUCAUCCAUGUCACCUGCCAUUGCCCAUCAGUGCCAUAUCAAUGCCACAUAUCAGUGCCCAUCUGAGCUGACUUUCAGUGUCACCUGUGAGUGCCAGCCAGUGCCACCUAUCAAUGCCAAUCAGUGCCACAUAUCAGUGCCAGUCAGUGCCGCCUAUCAG